CAGUAACCUUUUUGUUAAACCCCGAGAAUAAAUGGAUGGUUAUUCUUCGUCUAACUAACUUAUAAACCAUGUCUUAUGUUAGAUGCCCGCAGCCGCAGCCAUACACUAGGCCCGGGUCAUCUGCGACCGCAGCAAAUCAUAUGAGAUCCAAUGGUCACGCGUGUGUUCCCUCGACAACCAAAUUCAGACAUGCUGCGAAAAGGGCAACACGGGUAGACGCGCACCAACGAUUCACGUGUUUACUUAUAUACCCCUAUAUACCUUAUCCAUACUUGAUUUUUGAGAGUUAAUUUAUUGAGAUUUGUAUUCAUAAGACAAUAAAUGAACAGAGCCAUUUCAUAUUUAGCGAUUGAAUUAAGUAAAUUAUAAAUUAACUCAAUUAUCAUGAAGCUUGGUCAGAAAGCUGUCGCCUUGAGCACGCUCUUACUACCAGGUGCUCUGGCAUGGGGAAGUCUGGGACACAUCACUGUGGCUUACAUAGCGACAAAUUUGGUCAAGGAUGACACGACUGCAUUCUUCCAGAAUAUCCUACAGAAUGACACCGAGCAUUACCUCGCCGGGGUAGCUACCUGGGCGGAUAGCAUCAGGUACACGAAAUGGGGGCGAUUCUCCAAGAACUUCCAUUUCAUCGAUGCGAAAGACACGCCACCGACGUACUGCGGUGUAGACUUUGAGAGAGAUUGCAAGCAAGAUGGCUGCGUUGUGAGCUCGAUCCAGAAUUACACGUCCCAAUUACUCGAUACCGAGCUGUGGCCGUCGCGGAGAAACCAAGCUGCUAAAUUCGUUAUUCAUUUUGUUGGCGAUAUCCAUCAACCUCUACACGUGGAAAACGUCGCUUAUGGCGGCAACGGUAUCCACGUCAAAUGGGAGUCAUCUGAGUUGAACCUGCACCAUGUCUGGGAUACGAGCAUUGCAGAAAAGAUGCUGGGAGGCAUCCAUAGGAAGCCUUAUGUGGCUGGGUUCGCAUGGGCGGCCAAUCUUACCUAUCAAAUCAGGUCGGGAAAGUAUGAGGCAGCCAGUAAACUUUGGAAUGACGGCCUUAGUUUCGAUGAUCCUAUCCAGACGGCCAUGGGCUGGGCAAAUGAGUCUAAUACCAUUGUUUGCUCCCACGUGCUCCCAGAAGGACCUGAAGCAAUUGUUGGCCAGGAGCUCGCGGGUGAUUACUAUGAGAAAGCCGCCCCUGUGAUCGAGCUUCAGGUGGCCAAGGCAGGAUACCGUCUCGCGACUUGGCUAGACCUCAUAGCUGACAAGGCUUCUGGAGCGGUCCAGCCUGUUGACGAACUGUAACAGGAGCCUUUUCAAAGGAUCUCUAAAACUAGAAUACUCAGUUAAUCCAGUCCCAAAGAUAUGUUCGAUAGGGAUAGGAAUGAAAUCUAAAAACGCAAAAUGUUGCGAUAUUGAAAAAUUAAUAUUAUUGUUUUCUUGGUAGCGGAUGGAUACGAGUGAGGCUUGGGUGCGGCCCGUGGAAAUCCUCUAUGUAGUAACCCGGAAGGUGUUCCAGUUAAAUUCAAAGCUAGCUUCCUCUACUACAUUCUUCCGGUUAUUGCGGCACGCACAAGACUUGAAGCUUCUUGGCGAGGUCGCCGAUAGGGAAUGUGAUAGUUUUCGAGACGACGCUCGCCGCAUAGGGAUAUAUUAAGAACUUAUAUUUAUUAGCUCCUUAAAGUUAUGAAGUUGGACCCUGAAAUCUUGGCUGGUCUAAAAGCUGUUACCUCACUCACGCAAUAGGCAGUUCUGGUUUUUUUCUGUUCUCGAUUUCUGGGCGGGAAGAUCAUUCCCCUUGCAGCGGCCGGUUCUUGGCGUUUCUUAGCAUCUUGGUUACGGAUAGGGGAAUGUUCCUUGCGAACAAGAAGUUCCCACG